UAGGUGCAGGCUCUCUCGCGGGGAGGCUGGGGGUAGAGCGCUGACGUUAGAGUUUUCCUGCAAACACGCUGGUUUAGCAACAACGAUACAUUAAUGUUUUUAACAGAUAUUUUUUUCUUCGUCUUACAGGUGAAAGUAAUGCAUCCCUGGUUCACUCAGAACGGGGAGUUGCUCUCUUUUUCAGUCUGAAUGCAAUGAAAAGCGGUUUCUCCCCCUCACUACUAUCGCUUUCUCUAUCCCUCCAGCUAGCUAGCUAGCUGGCUAGCCAGCCAUCUCUUCGGUUUUUCCUGUUCCCGGUAGCUAGCUAGCUAGCUAUUCCUGCUACCGACCGCCUUUGUGUUUUUUUUUAUACCUCAGAGCUCAUUGCGGAUAUUGACUAGAGGAAGGUGAAAAUGGGUGCUUUUUUGGAUAAGCCAAAGAUGGAGAAACAUAACGCGCACGGAGAGGGUAACAGCUUGCGCUACGGCCUGAGCAGCAUGCAGGGCUGGAGGGUGGAGAUGGAAGACGCGCACACGGCGGUCAUCGGCCUCCCCCACGGACUCGACCCCUGGUCGUUCUUCGCCGUCUACGACGGGCACGCCGGCUCGCAGGUGGCCAAGUACUGCUGCGAGCACCUGCUGGAGCACAUCACCAACAACCCCGACUUCCGCGGCGGCGACCACCAGCCGUCCGUGGGGAACGUGAAGAGCGGCAUCCGCACGGGCUUCCUGCAGAUCGACGAGCACAUGCGGGCUAUCUCGGAGAAGAAGCACGGCGUGGACCGCAGCGGCUCCACGGCCGUGGGCACCAUGAUCUCGCCCGAGCACGUCUACUUCAUCAACUGCGGCGACUCCCGGGGCCUGCUGAGCCGCGGCGGCAAGGUGCACUUCUUCACGCAGGACCACAAGCCCAGCAACCCACUGGAGAAGGAGCGCAUCCAGAACGCCGGCGGCUCCGUCAUGAUCCAGCGCGUCAACGGCUCUCUGGCCGUGUCCCGCGCCCUGGGCGACUUUGACUACAAGUGCGUGCACGGGAAAGGGCCCACGGAGCAGCUGGUCUCGCCCGAGCCCGAGGUGUACGAGAUCGAGCGGUCGGAGGCCGAUGACGAGUUCAUCGUCCUGGCCUGCGACGGCAUCUGGGAUGUCAUGGCCAACGAGGAACUCUGUGACUUUGUCAGGUCCCGGCUAGAGGUGACGGACGAUCUAGAGAAAGUCUGCAAUGAGAUUGUCGACACGUGUUUGUAUAAGGGAAGCCGGGACAACAUGAGUGUGGUGUUGAUCUGCUUUCCUGGAGCGCCCAAGGUAUCUCCAGAAGCUGUGAAGAGAGAGGCGGAGCUGGAUAAGUACCUGGAGAGCAGAGUAGAAGAGAUCAUUAAGAAGCAGGGAGACGAAGGAGUGCCCGACUUAGUCCAUGUGAUGCGUACAUUAACAACGGAGAGCGUCCCAAAUCUCCCGCCCGGUGGUGAGCUGGCCAGCAAACGGAGUGUAAUUGAAGCAGUAUACAACAAACUCAACCCAUUUAGGAGCGAAGACACAGACUCAGCGUCGGCCGACGACAUGUGGUAACACAGCCUGCUUAGCGCAGAGUUUACAAACGGCCACCUACCCAAGACCACAGCUCAGUCAGCCCUGCGAGCUCUGCUUUUAAAGAAGGGAAUAAGAGCUGUGUGCAGCGGGAGAUGCACCCACCCUGCAGUACUGCAACAAUCUGCCCAGGGAGCUGCCAGUGCUCCUGCCCCUUUCUCCUUUCACCAUUCCUCUGCUUUUUUUUACCCCCCCCCCCCCCCCCCCCCCCUUUCGUCUCCUCUUCUGAAACCCCAGCCCCGCAACCAGGUUAAAACCAUUUUAUUUCCUUUUUUUUUUUAUCCGUUGAAAUUAUUCACGACUGUAAUUAAUUUGAUACACAAUUUUUUUUGUUUUCCCUUUGUGUUUUUGUAUUUUUGUUUUUGUGAAGUGCAAUUGUCUUUGUAAAAAAAAAAAAAAGAAAAAAGAAAAAAAAAAAAAUGUAAAAAAAAGAAAAAAAAAAGCCUGUAUUUAAUGCAGCUUUAGUAAAGAAAAGAAAAUGAACAGAAAAAAGAUAACCCUGUAUGCACUAUCUGCCUUUUCCCCCUCAUCUUCUGGACCAUAACACGCUUCUGUUCAGAGAAUGUUGCUGUUAGUCCUAGAGUGAUUUCUCUCCUGCUAUUGAUCUUUUAGUUUGUGCUCUUUAAAGAAACGGGUAAAUUAUAAGCUCACAGCAGAGUAAGCUUUGUAAAUCAAACAAACGAAAUCAUGAUAUGCAUUUUCUUUGCUGUUGUUUGUCCAUUUUGUUGCAUUCUUUUGUGCACCCACUGUUAGUUAAGCGUGUGUGACACAGCCCUCCCGGUUUGGUUUCGGUCUUUGGAAACCUGGGAAAUACUGUAGAUCUUUUGUUUUUCACCCAGUACCCUGGGCCAGGCUAAGUGUGCGCAUGUGUGUGUGUGUGUGUGUGUGUGUGUGUGUGUGUGUGUGUGUAUUUCUGUACCUGUGUGUGUGUGUAUUUCUGUACCUGUGUGUGUGAGUGUGUGUGUAUUUCUGUACCUGUGUGUGUGUGUGUACGGACUCUAGUAUAGCAGAGUCAUUAUUUUCUGGGUGGUAUAAAGGAAGGGCCUGUCGCAGUAGAAGGGACAGUGCACUGACCAUCACUCUCCCACACCUCAUCAACAUCUUCCGUCUCUGCCAGGACAACACUAACUUCCGCUUUCUCACUUUAUGUUGUGCUUGCUGUUUUUGGUCUACUACAUGGAGAUGUAAGAGUGCAUGUACAAACCUCAUCAGUUCCUCAUUUGUCCCUCUGAAGGAGGACUGUCCAGCUAACACAAAAUGUCUUCGCAAUGUUAGUGGAAUGUUUUGUCAGCUUUAUAACAUUAGCUGUACGUUGCGGCAACAUCGUGAGAAUGUUUUAUGCUAGCUGGGGGGUAACUCACAGGGACGAAACUUGAGCACAAAAAUACAGCAGCGUCAAUCAGGGGCUGGAAUUAGAAGCUAGAGUCUAAAUCCUCCCCGCCCAAAUAAUAGGUUGUGUGUUAGCUGCUGCAGUCUGUCAUUCAUCCGGUGUAAAACUAAGUGUUUUAGCCACCUGCCUCUCCCCCCCCCCCCCCCCCCCCCCCCAUCCCCAACCCAAUCCUUUGGUCAGAUGUUUUGCCCGCUUCUUAAAGAUAACACAAAGAUUUAUCCAUAACUAAGAACAAAUCCACCAGUACGAGGGGCUGGCCCGGGGCCCUGCAGGGGAGCGACACACUGUAAAGCAUACGCCCCACUGUCUCAGGAGCCCGGGCUGGCUGCAGCUGCUGCUAUACUGUAUGACUGCUCUCUGCUGAGUUUUUCCUGUCCUCUCCUUUCUUUCUUUUUUAUUGACUUUGUUCACGGACUAAAGCUAUAUUUAACACUUCGAUAUAUUUUUGAGAAUUCUUUUUCUGCCAUUAAUGUUUUCCGAAUGCUUUGUUGAAAGAAAGAAAAAAAAAAUGCUAUGUAAGAUUUUGACCUAAACUUUUAAAGAAUAAAUAAUAUUACUAAAGAUAAACACUGAUGAUCAAACUACUUUUACAUAUUUUUUGGGGAUAUUUAAUAGACUUGACUUGAGAGGGAAUGGCAUCCUGGAUGCAUAUGUGUGCUUGGGUUUUGUUCUCCUCUGGACCAGAGUCCUGUUUGAUAUUUUCCGUACAGGUAAUGUACGGCAUUUUGAAGUUUUUUGAAAACUGACAAUCUAAUAAUGUAACCCUAAGCCACAAAAUUUAUUUGCUUUUUCAACUGAGCUUUAAAAAUAGUAAUUAGAAAAAUUGGAUCAAAUUCAAGUCCAGCCACAAUGUGUUUUGUUCUAAACUUGAAGCCUGUUGCAAAACAUGUUGCUCUUUUGUAUAAAUUCUUCAUUUACUUCUGUGACCAUCAAGCUUCUAGUAUGUUCAAUGAGGUCCUAACACUUGCAUGAAUUGGUUGUGCAAAGUUCAGCCCAAAAUGCAUUGUGGUCAUACUAAAGAGUUAAUGGUAGGUUUAAUGGAAUAUUCCAGAAUUUUACCCUGAAAUACAUUUAACCCUAGUAGCCUUUCUUCAAUAACUGUUGGCAAAGAAUUUACUGAAUUCCUCCUUAGUAUUUGUUAGAUAAAGAUCUGAACAAUCCCCUGCAAGAAGUAGAUAAAUUGGUGUAUAAAUUGUUUCCAAAAUGGAUGCAGUUCAGUUUAAUAAAAGCCUACUUUUUUCUUCUUGUAUCACUUUCAAUGUUUUUAGUUUUUUAGUUUUUUUUUGUCUUGGCAAUAUCUUUGUAAACUCAGACUACAUUGCUCCACGUUUUUCAAUUACCCUUUUAAGGAUGUGCAGACUUUUUUCCAUGACUGUGACUUUGACCUGCCUUGUGUAUACAUACCAUGCAGUUAAUGUAGCCUUAAUUCAGUAACAUGAUGUCAACCAUCUGAUCAAAUGGAGAAAAAGUUGUAUUUUUCAGCAUUUUAUCACAAUAAAUGUUGCCGUUUCUCCCCUA